UUCGAAAACCUGCACGGUGAGCGACGCCGUGGAGAAAGACAACGCAGCGAACUGAACACACAAUGGCGACGGCGGCGACAACGGCAGGCGGGACGGGCUCCGGCGGACCGGCCACCGGCCCGGCCGGCAGCGGGACCGCGGUGGGACGAAAGAAGGACGGCGGUCCGUCCACAAAAUUCUGGGAGAGCUCAGAGACGAUAUCCCAGUUCGAGACGGUGCGGCUGUGGAUCGGGAAGCACUACAAGAAGUAUGUCCAGAAUGACUCCCCCUCCAGUAAAUCCUUGGCAGGUCUGGUGGUCCAGUUGCUGCAGUUCCAGGAGGACGCAUUUGGACGCAGGGUCAACAAUCCUGCUCUUACCAAGCUACCUGCCAAGUGUUUCCUGGAUUUCAAGGCAGCAGGUGCGCUCUGUCACAUCUUGGGGUCGGUCUACAAGUUUAAGAGCGAGCAGGGGUGGCGCAGAUUUGACCUGCAGAAUCCUUCCCGGAUGGACAGGAACGUGGAAAUGUUCCUAAAUGUGGAGAAGAACUUGGUCCAGAAUAACUGCCUGACUCGGCCCACUGUCUUCCUGUCGCCGGACAUCGAGCAGAAACAAGCCAGUAAGCUCAAAGACAUCAUCAAAAGACACCAGGGCACCAUUACUGACGAUAAGUCAAAGGCCACCCACCACAUAUACCCGUCUCCAUCCCAGCAAGAAGAAGAUGAGUGGCUUCGUCCUGUCAUGAGGAAAGACAAGCAGGUGCUGGUGCACUGGGGUCUCUCCCCAGACAGCUAUGAUACAUGGGUAUCAGCCAGCGAGGUGGAUGGGGAUGUGGAGGACCCACCCAGCACUGACAGGCCAUGGAAGGUCCACGCCAAGUGGGUUUUAGACACUGAUGCCUUCAAUGAGUGGAUGAAUGAAGAAGACUAUGAGGUGGAUGAGAACAAGAAGCCGGUUAGCUUCCGCCAGAGGAUCUUCCCCAAGGAGGAGGAGUCUUCCCGUACCCCCGAUCGCAAGGAGCGCAAGGCCAACUCUGCUGGCAAGAAGAGGAGGCGCUCGCCCUCGCCACCCAGUACUCCUGCUGAAUCCCGCAAGAAGGGAGGAAAGAAGGGGAACCCGGGGCCUCACUGGAAGCGACGGGGCCACAGGGGCGAAGAGGAGGACACAGAGGAGGACAUGACCAAGGACAUGGACGACUCCUCAGCUGGUGCCAGCAUGGAGGAGGGCAGCAUGUCCAAGAAUGCAAAUUCAAAGAAAGACAGUGAAAAUACUCCAAUGAAAGGAGGAAAUGUGGCUGACUUGGAUGACAUGGAGGAUGACUCUGUGCUGUCUGGUGGAAAGGAUGACGAGGAACAGGGCAAGGCUGAAAUCAACCGCCUGAUAGAUUCUGGCGAGGACAAUGUCACCGAGCAGACUCACCACAUCAUCAUCCCCAGCUACGGCGCUUGGUUUGACUACAACUGUAUCCAUGAGAUUGAGAGAAGAGCCCUGCCUGAGUUCUUCAACGGCAAGAACAAGUCCAAAACUCCUGAGAUAUACCUGGCCUACCGUAAUUUCAUGAUCGACACGUAUCGGCUAAACCCUCAGGAGUACCUCACCUCCACCUCCUGUCGCAGGAACUUGACCGGGGAUGUCUGUGCCAUCAUGAGAGUUCAUGCGUUCUUGGAGCAGUGGGGUUUGGUGAACUACCAGGUCGACGCUGAUAGCCGCCCAUUGCCCAUGGGCCCCCCACCCACACCCCACUUCACUGUGCUGGCUGACACACCAUCUGGCCUCAUGCCACUGAACCACAGACCCCCACCGAUUCCCCCUCCACAGCAAAUGCCCAACUUCGCUGACAAAUGCAAAGACAAGAUCGACUUGCAGAACUUCGGCAUUCGCACCGACCUCUACAACAAGAAAAACCCCAAGGGUAAAGCAGUCACCUCCACCAGGGAAUGGACUGAGCAGGAGACUCUACUGCUGCUGGAGGCUCUGGAAAUGUUCAAAGAUGACUGGAACAAAGUGUCUGAGCACGUCGGUUCACGCACCCAGGACGAGUGUAUCCUGCACUUCCUGCGGCUGCCCAUUGAAGAUCCGUACCUGGAGAGCACUGAGGCCUCCCUGGGCCCUCUGGCCUACCAGCCCAUACCUUUCAGCCAGUCUGGAAACCCUGUCAUGAGCACAGUAGCCUUCCUGGCCUCUGUGGUCGACCCCAGGGUGGCGUCUGCUGCUGCCAGAGCAGCACUAGAGGAGUUCUCCCGUGUGCGCGAGGAGGUGCCGGCUGAGUUGGUGGAGGCUCAUGUAAAGAAGGUGCAGGAGGCGGCCAGGAGCACAGGAAAGGUGGACCCAGCCUUCGGCCUGGAGAGCAGCGGCAUUGCAGGCACUGCCCCAGAGGAGCCAGAAAAGACUGAAACCCCAGAGGCAGAAAAGAUGGACACAGACACAGACUCUCAGCAGGCCGAUAAGGCGGAGUUGAAGGACGAGGCAGAGAAGCCAAGCGAGUCUGCAGAGAAGAGCAGCGACAAGACUGAGGCCACAGAGAAGGUGAAGAAGGAGGGAGCAGAAGCGUCGGAGCGUGAAGAGGAGAAUGAAGAGGGAGGGGAGGCCAAGACAGCUCCAGCAGACAAAGACAAGGAGGAAACUAUGGAAACGUCAGCCUCAGAGCAGGAGAAGGAGAAGGAGGAGAAGGCAGCUACAGAUGAGGGAGAGGAAAAGAGGAAGAAACUGGAGCAUGACAUCGAAGAGGGUAACAUCGCCACAGCGGCCGCUGCUGCCCUGGCAUCUGCUGCCACCAAGGCCAAGCACUUGGCGGCGGUGGAAGAGAGGAAGAUCAAGUCCCUGGUGGCUCUGCUGGUGGAGACCCAGAUGAAGAAGCUGGAGAUCAAGCUGAGGCACUUCGAGGAGCUUGAGACCAUUAUGGAUCGAGAGAAAGAGGCUUUGGAGCUUCAGCGGCAGCAGCUGCUCACCGAGCGCCAGGCGUUCCACAUGGAGCAGCUCAAAUACGCCGAGAUGAAGGCGAGGCAGCAGAUGGAGCAGCAGGCCGCCGCUGCAGCCGCCGCCGCCGCCCACGCUCAAGGACAGGGACAGGCUCCCGGAUCUGGACCCCACUCUGGGCCCCCUCCACCAGGUAUGCACCCCGGAGGGCCUCAGCCACACCACGGAGCACCAGUGCCCCACCACGGAGGGCCCCCACCCGGUGGUGCCAUGCACACCGGAUACCCCCCAAUGGGCCACCACCCAAUGGCCCCUCACCACCCAGGACAGACAGGACCAAUGGGACCAGGCCAGCCGAUGCCAGGACGUAUGAUGCCUGGCCCACCCUCCGCUGGGCCCCCUCCUGGCGGCAUGCCUCCCAUGAUGCCUCCACGCCACCCUGGAGCUCCCAACGGCAUGUACCCUGGCCCACAACCUGCACAGCCUGAAGCGGUACCUCAAGUUCCCGUGGGUCCUCCAGCGCCCCCGAGUGCUCGAGUGCCUGACAACUAAGAUCUACACACAGCUCGCAAAAGCACACAGACACACACACACACACACACACACACACACACACACAAAUCUAACUCUAUCUCUGAACCUCAGCCCCUUUUUUGAUGGCCUUUGCUAUUGGCUUGGUAUUUUCCCCCUCCAAACUACCAUAAACUUUCACACAGGACACACACACACACACACUCAGGGUUCAGUGGCAAGGGUAACCCAAUUUUUUUCCACACACACACACACACACACACACACACACACACCAUCCAGACUUCCUCUCAGGGCACAGUGGUAAAGGGUCGUCUAGUAAUAAACACUGUUUUCUGCUCUGUUGGGCCAGAUGGAGGCUGGCGAGAAUGACUGUGUACAGAAAACUAACCGAGGAGACAGAACAGAUAAAAAAAAGCUCCGUCAGUCUCACCUUUUUUUCCUCUUUCCAAUGCUGUUUUAAAUGACACUGUAACCCUCCCCCCUUCCCGUCUCUUUAACACACUCACACACCUCUUCUUGUCUGGUGCCUCUUUCUUCAAGCCAAACACUAGGGGGAGCUAGGGUCAGACAUGCAGGGGUCUGAGUGUGUGUGUGUGCCGAGCUGUAAAACACACACACACACACGAGGCAAGCAGAUUAUUCAGAUACUGAUACGAAUAAAAACACACACAGAGAGGGGACCCAGUCUGCCGUCGCUCUUGUCUCGUCGAGUAUCUACCUCUCGCUCCUCUUUAAAUGAUACACUGUAGAUCUGUGUGUUUGUGUGUGAAUGUGCGUUAAAGACGGCGGUUUGAUGGCUGUUAACUCUCUGCCUCCUCUGACCACACUUUUGUGCCUCUUUAUGGAAUAAUCGCUUUUACAGUUUAGUCUUUAAUGACUAUCGUUGUGGCCAAAAGAAAGUAGAAAUUAGAAAAAUGAGGUGAGAACCAAAAAACAAAACUUGAUGUGUUUUUAAAUAUCUGUUACUGAAGACUCUUCUGUCUUGCUGAUGCAGAAAAUAAAGUGGUUUUCUGUAGUAGUUUUCUGAUCUGCAUAACAAGGCGGGUCUCUGUUCCUUGAACCCAACAAAGAUGGUCACUGGAAGUAAUUGUUACAACAGGAUGGAGUGUGAAGUUUUGUCUCGUUUGACAGAAACAGGCUUUUCCCCCUGACUGUAUUUAAAGAAUAAGGUUGGCGCUAUAUUCUGUUUUUCUUACCGUCAACAAGUCUCACGAAAAUACCCGUCUAUGGCUUUCGGCCCAUUGUUCUCUACUGAAGGCGUAAAUAUUUGAAAAAUAUAGUUUCAUUUUUUAAAACGACUAUAGUUUCUUCAACAGCUUUUUAUCAAAGGUUACUCAAACAGGAGUAAACAAUAUUUGUUGGGAUUAUUUUUAGCGGCCAAUUAAUACACAUAUGGCGCUCCUAGUUGAGUAUUUCAGGAGGCAGGGCGGUGUAUGUGGGAUUGAGUCAAAAUAAACUACAGUGUGUUUGUUCAUGGUAAUGAAGGAACAUGUCACCCAGUGCAACAGUGUGGCCCACUGAUGGGGUUUUUUUUAAUAGUUUUGUUGGUUUUUAAUGAGAAUUGUUGACAAUAAGGGAAAUGUACUGUACAGUAUCACCAUUAUGCUUUAAACAUAAAGUGUCAGAUCUGAUUACAUGAGAGGCACAAAAUAGGACAGACGGGUUAGAAACACCAUCACCCCCGCCCCACACCAACCACAGCACUGUAACACACAGAAAUGUAAGCUAAGCUGAGGCUCACACUGGAGGCUGCAUGCACACACUGACUUGGCCAGACCCUGCCACAAAGCACUGGACAACACACACACACACACACACUGACACAUACAUAUAAUCUCCUGCUGACCUUCACACAGCCUUUACAGAGAGGGAGACGCUGAGAUGCGGCUCGACCGAAACAUCAGAACACGAACGACGCUCUUCCUCAGCGCGGUGGGCUUCUAGAUGUUUUUAGGUGCUGAUACUGUAGCGAAUAAACCCCGCCCCCAGCUCCUCUGCUCCCAACUUCCUAACGCUUAGUGCUGCCUACCUCGCUAACCCCACUUCACACACACACACACACACACACACACACACACACGCAUUGAUGCUAUUUUUGCCACUUGCCAUAGGAAAACUAAGCAAUACCGUCAUCCCAGUACACUGUGUCAGUACACUGAAAGAGUCCGCGCCAACCAACGAGAAGCAAUCGCGAUUUCACAGUUGAGUCCUCAAAUGCUUUGUCCUGUGACGUUGCAGUAAAUAAAAAGGUGCGUAAACAACGGGCAACAACCACCGAGCAUUUAUUUACAGAGCUCACCGAAAAUCCGAUUUAAAAAUGCUAAAAGAUUCUCUGGUUCUAGCUUCUCAAAUAUGAACAUUUGCAGCUUGUCUUCUAUUAAUCUUUUAUUUGAGGAAACAAUCGGCCCUAUUUAUUUUCUUGAUCUGUUUAGUCAAUAAAAACGUCAGCUGUGCCCCGGUUGCUUGUUUGGUCCAACCAGCAGUGAUGAAACAGAACAGCCGCAAACCCUCAGAUUCAAAGCUGGAACCAGCAGAUAUUUCAGCCUAACUACAGACCCUUUAGUAAGUAGCCAUCCUGGAGCUUUCCGUUAGAUCUAUAUCCAUAUAUCCCACCGUAUUCCUCGGCAGUUGUUGAUGUUUUUUUUUAAAAUGAGCAUUAUAAUAACUUUGUUCAUGUUGCCUUUAAACGUUGAGACUUCAUUCUUGCUAAAAAAAAAAAAAGCCGACUGCUGAGGAAUACCAUGUGAUAAAGUCAAAAGCUCCAGAAUGGCUAUUAAAGGACCUUUUCAACUAAAACUAAUUGUUUUCAGCCCUACACAAAUAUAAAAGAAACAUCUUAAAUUAAAUUCAUUUCCCAUCAUGUGACUGAAUUAGCUUGAUACAUUUACAUUGAAUUCAAGUGCAUGUUGGCUUAAAAUAAAGAUUAAAAAUAAAAAGUGUAAUCUGACCUUGAGUGGUCUAACUCGCUCUACAAGCCAACGUGGCGCUCGUCAUCCUUCACCCCCCUGCGGUCGACACACAGGUUGAAAAUAAGCUCAAUAAGGUCGUUUUAAUGUGAAGUCUUAGCUCAAACGACUCCCCCUCCUCCCCCCUGCCUUCCCCCUUCGCUAGCACUGUUAGUAUCUCUGCUACCUCUUCCUCGUUCAUCCGCUAGCUACCUCUUCUAGAAAUCUUCCUCUCGCUAUCUGCUACCUCUCUGCGCACCCCUUCGCUACCUCUCGUUCCCAUUUCCUUUUCUCUUUUUUAAUCUUUUCUUUUUCUUGCCCACGUGACUGCUGCAUCACUGACUGUUGCCCUCUUCUCCCGGUCUGCCGGAGAGAAGAAAAUACACACACACACGUACAGUCAUUCACUCGCGCUCUCUUUCAUCGCGCCCUCCUUUCCCCAUUCGACAUCUUCCCCGGCUUGUUAUGUAAUAUCACUUAAAUAUGACAGGUUUCCCCCUCACAUAUAUUAUCUUUAAUCGCUACUUUUUUGUGUUUAUGGUAAUGUAUUUUUAAGGAGAAGUUUUGUGUAGAUGGAAGUUAUCCCUGUUAUUUGGAAGUUUGUAGCAUUUGUUUUCUUUUCUUUUUUUUUUUCUUUUGUAUGGGGUCUGUUGGUACUUGGACCUAGACACUGUCGAAUAAACUGUGUUUUGUAUGAA